UAAGAAAUGCGUACUUCCGCAUCUCGCCGAGAUCUCGUCAUUUCCGGGUGUCAAUAUGCGUUUCGGUACUGCAGCGUUAAGCAUCGGUAAGAUGUGUACGGGAAGAAAAGAUUAAACAAUCUGUCCUCAAACCGAAACCACGGGCCGCCGACAGCAUCGACGACACCGCUAUCCGUUGUCUCCCGUCAUUCGCUAGUGAGUAGCAACCGAUUCGCCACCGACUGUCAGCCGUAUCUGCGCGAAUGGCCGGGGAGACUCGGAGGGCCCAUGGCCGGGGCUGGUGUCUGACGCUCGGCCUGGCUCGCAUAGGCCUUCACGGCAACGUGCUACGAUCUAUUCUCUUCAUCACAGCCUUCAGCGGACUGGUCCGUCUACCCGCGGCCACGGAGGCGAAGGAGUGCGAUAAACCCUGCUUGAACGGCCAGUGUAACAGCGCCAGCGGCGUGUGUGUGUGCGAGCCGGGAUGGGUCGGGGAGCAGUGCCAGCACUGCGGCGGCCGCUUCAGGCUAACGGGACCCUCAGGUUAUGUCUCUGAUGGACCAGGAAACUACAAAUACAAGACCAAGUGCACGUGGCUUAUUGAAGGACAGCCGAACUCAAUCCUGAGGCUUCGCUUUGAGCAUUUUGCCACUGAGUGCAGCUGGGAUCAUCUGUAUGUGUAUGAUGGAGACUCCAUCUACUCUCCUUUACUUGCUGCCUUCAGUGGUUUAAUAAUUCCUGAGAGCUACAGCAAUGAGACCGUCCCAGAGGUGGUGGCACAGUCAGGCUUUGCCCUGCUGCACUUCUUCAGUGACGCGGCAUAUAAUCUCACUGGCUUCAACAUCUCUUACAGGUUGAAUAUGUGCCCAAAUAACUGCUCUGAUCGUGGAGAGUGUCAUGUGGGGAAUUCCAGUGACUCUGUGCAGUGUGAAUGUGAGGCUGGCUGGAAAGGAGAGGCGUGUGAUGUGCCCUACUGCUCCUCUGACUGCGGCGUCCCUCUGCGGGGACAGUGUGACAUGGCCACCAAACGCUGCCAAUGCAAACCAGGAUGGCAAGGCCUGGACUGCUCAAUAACAGUACCAGCAAAUGGUUCCUUCUGGACACGUGAGGAAUACAGUGGGCAUGGCUUGGCGCGGGCGUCCCAUAAGGCUGUGGUUCAUGAAGACGUGAUGUGGGUGAUAGGUGGACAUGUGUUUAACUAUACACACUACCAGAUGGUGACUGCGUUCAACAUCUCUUCUCAAAGCUGGAUGUCGUUAAACCAGUCCGUCAACUAUGUAACUGGACGCUACGGUCAUUCUCUCUCCCUGCACGAGGAUAAAAUCUAUAUGUACGGUGGGAAGAUUGACUCCACAGGAAACGUGACAUCAGAACUCUGGGUGUUCCACACACGGAACCAGUCGUGGGUUCUGCUGAAUCCGCAUGCUAAAGAACAGUAUGCCGUUGUGGGCCAUUCUGCACACACUGUCCAGCUCCACGACAGAUCAGAGCCUGUCAUACUGGUCAUCUUCGGACACUGCCCUCUUUACGGAUACAUCAGCCAAGUGCAGCAGUACAACAUUGAAGAGAACACAUGGAGUGUUUUAGAAACUCGUGGGGCGCUGGUUCAGGGUGGCUAUGGGCACAGCAGUGUGUAUGAUCCUCUAACCCGCUCCAUCUACAUCCAUGGAGGAUAUAAAGCUUUCAGUGCCAAUAAAUACGGCCUGGCCGGGGACCUGUACCGCUACGAUGUGGACAAGAGAAUGUGGUUGAUUCUGAGGGACAGUGGUUUUUUCCGUUACCUGCACACAGCGGUGAUUGCUGGCGGGAACAUGUUGGUGUUUGGAGGGAACACACACAAUGACACCUCAAUGAGUCAUGGGGCAAAGUGCUUCUCCUCAGACUUCAUAGCAUACAGCAUAGCUUGUGAUGAGUGGAUUGCACUACCCAAACCAGAUCUUCACCACGACGUCAACCGUUUUGGACACUCGGCUGUGUAUCAUGAUGGGGUGAUGUACGUGUAUGGAGGCUUUAACAGUCUGAUGCUCAGCGAUGUGCUGAGGUUCACCCCUGCGAGCUGUGACGCUUUCUCAGAGCGGCUGGAGUGUGUGACAGCUGUGCCCGGUGUGAAGUGUGUGUGGAACUCCUCUACCUCCACCUGUAUGUCCUGGGACGCAGCGGCAGCCCAUGACACGGAGAGCUUGAGAAGCACCUGCAGUCCCAGAGGGUAUGCAGAUGGUGAAAAGUGUGACCAAUAUUCAGACUGCUACAGCUGCACAGCAAACACGAACAGCUGCCAGUGGUGCGCUACGGUCUGUGUGUCUGGUCAUAGUAACUGCACCAGUUCCCCGGGUGGGAUAAUGGAGUAUGAGGCGUGUCCAAAGGAUAACCCAUCCUUUGUGUGCAGCAAGAAGACCAGCUGUAAAAGUUGUGCCACCGAUCAGAACUGCCAAUGGGAGACGAGAAAUCAAGAGUGCACCACCCUCCCAGGGAAUAUCUGUGGGGAGAGUUGGCACCUGGUGGGGAACUCGUGUCUGAAGCUGAUCACAGCCAAGGACUCGUAUGACAACGCUAAACUGGCGUGCCGCAGUCACCAGGCGGUGCUGGCAUCCCUCACCACGCAGAAGAAAGUCCAGUUCGUCCUCAAAGAGAUGCAUAACAGAUCAUUGCAAUCUAAAGCAGUGAUCACUCCGUGGGUGGGUCUGAGGAAGAUCAAUGUCUCUUACUGGUGCUGGGAGGACAUGUCCCCCUUCACCAACUCCACGCUGCAGUGGCUGCCGGGCGAGCCCAGCGACGCUGGUUUUUGUGGGUACCUGGCUGAGCCCACUUUUAACGGACUAAAGGCGGCGACCUGCGUCAACUCUGUGAAUGGGAGUCUGUGUGAACGACCAACGAACCACAGUGUGAAGCAGUGCCGGACGCCCUGUGCCCUGCGCUCUUCCUGUAGUGAGUGCACCAGCGGGAGCUCCGAGUGCAUGUGGUGCAGUAACAUGAGGCAGUGUGUGGACUCCAAUGCUUAUGUGGCGUCCUUCCCCUACGGCCAGUGCAUGGAGUGGUACACCAUGAACAGCUGCCCACCGGAGAAUUGUUCUGGCUACAAGACCUGUGGUCACUGUUUGGACCAGCCUGGCUGUGGGUGGUGCACUGAUCCCAGCAAUACAGGACGGGGCCAGUGUAUUGAGGGCUCUUACCGCGGUCCGAUUCAAACACUGUUCCACGCCCCUUCCUCUUCAGGCCCCUCCCUCAUUCCCGCACCUCAGCCAAUGCUGAACGUGAGCUUGUGCCCAAUUGAGGGCAGCUACAACUGGUCCUUUAUCCAGUGCCCAGCGUGCCAGUGUAACGGACACAGCUCUUGUGUCAAUGCGAGCGUGUGUGAGAGAUGCGAGGACCUCACCACGGGCAAACAGUGCGAGAGCUGCAUCUCCGGUUACUAUGGCGAUCCCACCAACGGGGGCAGCUGUCAGCCUUGUAAGUGCAACGGCCAUGCCAGCAUGUGUAACUCCAACAAUGGCAAAUGCUUCUGUACCACCAAGGGCAUCAAAGGAGACCGCUGCCAUUUGUGUGAGGUAGAGAACCGUUACCAGGGCAACCCUCUGAAGGGGACGUGUUAUUACACUCUGCUGAUAGAUUACCAGUUUACCUUCAGUUUGUCUCAGGAGGACGACCGCUACUACACUGCCAUCAACUUUGUGGCAACUCCAGAUGAGCAAAAUCGAGACCUGGACAUGUUUAUUAAUGCCUCAAAAAACUUUAACCUCAACAUCACAUGGGCUACCAGCUUUGCAGCUGGGACUCAAGCUGGGGAGGAAAUCCCUAUAGUCUCCCGCAGCAACAUAAAGGAGUUCAAAGACAGUUUCUCCAACGAGAAGUUCGAUUUCCGUAGCAAUGCCAACAUUACCUUCUACGUGUAUGUCAGCAACUUCACCUGGCCAGUCAAAAUCCAGAUCGCUUUCUCUCAACACAGUAACUUCAUGGAUUUGGUUCAGUUCUUCGUCACGUUCUUCAGCUGUUUCCUGUCCUUGCUUCUGGUGGCGGCAGUCGUAUGGAAGAUAAAACAGAGCUGCUGGGCAUCACGGCGCAGAGAGCAACUCCUGCGGGAAAUGCAGCAGAUGGCCAGCCGACCAUUCGCCACCAUCAACGUCGCCUUGGAGACGGAUGAGGAGCCGCCAGACCUGAUUGGUGGAAAUGUGAAGUCUGUACCUAAACCCAUAGCUUUGGAGCCCUGUUUUGGGAAUAAAGCAGCGGUGCUCUCCAUCUUUGUUAGAUUACCCAGAGGCCCCGGAGGUAUUCCUCCUCCAGGACAGUCAGGUCUGGCAGUAGCGAGUGCAUUAGUGGACGUCUCUCAGCAGAUGUGUCUUGGAUAUAAGGAGAAGUCGGGAGGGUUGCGUAGCCGCAAACAGCAGCCAUUGGCACAGCCCUCCACCUGCAUCUGACAUUUACCCCUCGUCCUCUGACCUCGGACCCCUGCCAGGACUGAGCUUAUGGCAGGGUCUCAUUCACAGAAGAAGCAGGGGGCCGGACUCUGAUUGGAGAAACUGAACCUCUCCUGGUCCAAGCUAAGAGAACACUACAGGAAUUGAACUCUUAAUGUGACCCUGACUGAGAGGACUAAUCCAGGGUCACUUUAUAAUAUUUAACUUAUUUCAGUUAUUUUAUUCCAUUUUUACAAUCAAGAGGAAGAAUCCUUGCACUGCUGCAUCUCUAUUGAAGGCAACACACACACACACACACUUUCCUUCUGGAGAUUUCUUUGGCUGCAUGGCUAUAAGACAAAAACACAUAUGCAUAUACAGUACAGGAAGUCUUUUAGGAGCCACAAAUUGCUUUUAUUUCUUAAUAAUUAAUCAAAUUAAUAAUGUAGGACUAAGACACUGCGAGUUGGUAUGUUUACAAGCGUUUGACUCUACAAGUCAUCUGUGACGUCUCUCCCAAGCUUUUCAUCUUUUUCCCUUCCUUCCACUCUCUCUUGAAUUACCUCCUUUCACGUUCAUGUAGUGAUCUGAGACAUGAGUGUUCAUGUUUGCCAUAAUGAUUAUGCUGCUUCUGCUUUUAUCAUUUACUACUUCUCUCUUAUCGGAAAUCUCAGCCCAUUUUUCAGGCACAUUGCAAGGAAGGAAGGAAUAAAAGGCGACGCAGGCAGGCAGCAGAGUGGAAUUAGAGCAAACAAGAUACUUGUUUGAGUUCCUCAAAAUGUCAGAUGUCAUUUUGGGCUGGCGAAGGAUUAUCUGCAUACACAAAUGCACAAACCUGGACCUGCGUCGGAUACCAGGGGUAUUCUCCAGGAUAUGGAGUGGAUUGUCUAGUGCAAAGGAAAGGUCAGAGAUGGAGUGAGCAAAUGUGACAUUAUGGGAUCUAAACUGGUGUAAGUGUGUGUAGCAGCACAGUUAUUACAUCUCUCAUUAUCCUGGUGUGCAUUAGUGGGUGAGGACAUGGCUGUAUCCAGACCGCACAGAUGACCUGCUCGCCGGUUCUUCGAGUGCUAUGAAUAAAGGGACACAGGUCACUAGACCAGAACAAAUCAUUUAGUAUUGAGAGCCCAAACAUGAUGUUAUUAAUCUGUCCAUGAUCUCAAUGGAAAAUUCAUGUCCUGUGACACCCAUCAAGUGUGAAUGUAAGCUGGUCACAGACUGACGACUCAUGAUCUGUUAGGGCCCAAAAGGGAAAAACGCACACAAAGUGGUCUAAUGAAAGGAGCUGGUCUCUCUUCCUUCUGAUGGAAGCUAAUUCUCACAUUACUUUUCUCUGUAAGCCUCAAACAGUACUCCUCACACACCGACCGCGCCAUCUAUAUACAGUCAUACUGUAGAUACAGAUUCUGUAGUUUGUUAAUAUGUAUAAUGUAGCAGCGAGUGCACUCGAGUUUUUUUGUACAUGGUGAUGGAGAGUAAUGUGAAUGCAGUCUCUGUUGAAUGACUUAAUGCACUUGAUGAUGGGUGGAGUAUCCCAGGCUUUUGAAAUGUGACUGCAUUGCAGCUUCUUUUGUAUGUAAAAUGGCGAAUGUCCUGAACAAACUCUAAACUAGAUGCCUACUUUAAGAAAAAAUAAUAAGACCUGGAAAUUUAAACCUGACCUUGUAAUCAUAUGUGUACAUAAAGAAUGCCAUAGAACAUUUUGUCUAUAAUUAAACGGUAAAAUGAA